AGUUUACUUCUAACUUUCUUUGAGUUUAAUCGCAGUUAACUUCUACUUUAUCAAAAUGAUGAAUUUAAAAUUUUCUUUAGUUUUUCUUUUGGUUUUCUUCAGCAUUUCCGUUAAUGCUCGAAAUAUUCGUUUAAGUCAAACUAAUUUAAAACAAUUCGAAGAAGCACUUAAGACUGCUAUUCAUGACGACGUUUAUAAUAUCAAGAAAUUGUUUGAAAGCAUCGACAAUGAGAAUGCUGCAGAUGAAGAGCCGCCAAUCGACGACACCAUCAAAAUUGAUGUUAAUUUCAACGAAACCCACAAUGGAAAACUAAGCGGUAAUGAUGUUCUGAAUGGUCUUGCAAAUGGCAACGGAAACGAGAAUGGAAAUAAUGGAAAUGGUAAUGGAAACAUCAUUCUUCAGAUCUUCAACAUUCCUUUCGAGAAUGAACAGAAUUUAGUUCCAAACACGACAACGACUUCUACAACUGAACAAACAACUUGGUGGACUGCAGCACCAACUACACCAUCGUCAUCUAGAAUUUAAUUGAGAAUUAAACUCAUCUGACAUGUCUUUAAUUUUCCCUUACGAAAAUCUUUUGCAUUAAAGUUACUUCAAUAAAAUCUACGAGUUUUAUCGAUUUUCCUUAGCCACGCGAUGGAACACUAAAAAUAUGCCGAAGCACGGAAGUCAACCAAC